CUCUUUUGUUCCACGUUCAGUGUCAUUACUAUUUAAAACAUUACGCACUAUCAUUACCUUAUAAUUACAGCCGUACACCGGGUAUGUUUGUAGUCUUCUAAUCAUCGGGUAGGCGUACUAGUAGUAGCCUAUUUCUAUUAUUAGGGGGUGUUUUGCUGUCAGCUUUAUUUCCGACACCUUUAUUCUCGAGAGUGCCACUUGUUUGUCAUAAAAACUUGAGUGAUAUUUACUCGUAAGCAAAGGCAUCAGGUUAUUACCGCGCUGCAGAUUUGGACAGUAGCGCAGCUAACAAUUGUUGGCUCUAACGCGGCUUAUUAUUUUGCCUUCAUAUCUUAAAAUAAUGUCUGCACUAUUGUGGAGAGUUACACAGUGAGUCUUGAGUCUUGAAGGGCGCCAAUUCUUCCAAGCAAGUUUAUGUAAGCAGCUACUGCCCUCUGGGUCAUGUUUUGGUUGGAGAGGUUACUUCUAGCACCUUCAGAUUGUUAUCUGAACCAACUUCUGACUCGUAAACACAACUCUGUGAACAAAUUCCUCGGCUGGUAACCUCGAGUAAGAGAAGUUUAGGAAGAUGUUUUUAUAACUAUGUUGGAACUGCUCUUGGCCACAAAGCCAUGACUGGAAACUACCAUGGAUCCCUUCGGUAAUGCCAUAGUAAUCACUGACUGGACUGUCUUGAACAGAACAAGGAAAUGCUAAUUGCCACAUAAACAGGGAGUUUCAUCAGGUGUGACUUUGCUUUCUGCCAGGCUCUUUUUAUUUUCAUAGUUUUAGCCAGUGCAUGGUGCAAAGAUGGCCUGCUGCACAUCUCUCUGUUGUUGAGGUGGACACUUCAUCGGUGGAGAAAGAGUAGGUCAUGACACAGUGCCUGACAGAAUGCAAAGCGCUGGUGACUCCGUCCACGCGCAAUGGCCACCGUGUGUUCAGCUACACUCUGGAGAGCCACACAGCCGCUGCCUUCGGCAUCAUGAACGAGCUGCGCCUGGAGCGGCAGCUGUGUGACGUGACGCUGCGUGUGAGAUACAAAGACCUGGAGGCUGUGGACUUUGUGGCUCAUAAAGUGGUGCUGGCUUCAUCCUCUCCAGUGUUCAGAGCCAUGUUCACCAAUGGUCUGAAGGAGUGUGGCAUGGAGGUGGUGCCCAUCGAAGGCAUUCAUCCUAAGGUCAUGGAUCGACUCAUUGAGUUUGCCUACACAGCCAGCAUCUCCGUUGGGGAGAAGUGUGUGAUCCAUGUUAUGAAUGGGGCUGUUAUGUACCAGAUUGACUGUGUGGUCAAGGCCUGCUGUGAUUUCCUGGUUCAGCAACUUGAUCCCAGCAAUGCUAUCGGUAUCGCUAACUUUGCCGAACAGAUUGGCUGUACAGAGCUUCACCAGAAGGCCCGUGAAUACAUCUAUUUGAACUUCAGUCAGGUUGCAACACAGGAAGAAUUUUUCAACCUGUCCCACUGCCAGCUGGUUAACCUCAUCAGUCGGGAUGAGCUGAAUGUGCGCUGUGAGUCUGAGGUCUUUCAUGCCUGUGUGGCGUGGGUUCGCUACGACCGUGAAAACCGGAAACCGUAUGUCCAGGCCUUGCUUCAGGCUGUCCGCUGUCACUCACUGACUCCAAACUUCCUGAAGACCCAGCUACAGUCUCUGGAGUGGGAUCCAGAGUGCAAAGACUACCUAGCUCAGAUUUUUCAGGACCUCACCCUCCACAAACCCACCAAAGUGAUUCCCUGCCGUACACCGAAGGUUCCCCAGCUGAUCUAUACUGCAGGGGGCUAUUUUCGCCAGUCCCUGAGUUACCUGGAAGCGUACAACCCCUGUACGGGAGCAUGGCUGAGACUGGCUGAUCUGCACGUCCCUCGCAGUGGUCUGGCUGCCUGUGUCAUCAGUGGGCUCUUCUAUGCUGUGGGAGGAAGAAACAAUGCCCCUGACGGUAACAUGGACUCCAAUGCGCUGGACUGCUACAACCCCAUGAACAACUGCUGGCUCCCCUGUGCUCCUAUGAGUGUGCCCCGGAACAGAAUCGGGGUUGGGGUCAUUGAUGGCAUGCUGUAUGCAGUGGGUGGGUCGCAUGGAUGCAUUCAUCACAACAGUGUGGAAAGAUAUGAUCCAGAGAAGGAUGAGUGGCAGUUGGUGGCCCCCAUGUUGACUCGUCGUAUUGGUGUUGGGGUAGCGGUCAUCAACAGGCUGCUUUAUGCUGUUGGGGGGUUCGAUGGAGCAAAUCGCCUCAGUUCCUGCGAAUGCUACAACCCAGAGAGGGACGAGUGGAAGUCUAUGGCCUCUAUGAACACUGUUCGCUCCGGGGCUGGUGUAUGUGCUCUUGGAAAUCACAUUUUUGUCAUGGGAGGUUAUGAUGGUACUAAUCAGUUGAACACAGUGGAGCGCUAUGAUGUGGAAACUGACACAUGGAGCUUUGCUGCCUCCAUGAGGCACAGACGCAGUGCUCUGGGAGUCACUGCGCUGCACGGGCGCAUUUAUGUGUUGGGAGGUUAUGACGGCAACACUUUUUUGGACAGUGUGGAGUGUUAUGACCCUGAAAGUGACACCUGGGCAGAAGUGACACACAUGACUUCAGGGCGAAGUGGCGUGGGUGUAGCCGUUACCAUGGAGCCCUGCCCGAAGGGUCUGUCUCUGAAUCAAGCGUCAGACGGUGAAUGUGGCGGCUCGUCUCACACCGAAAACUCGGACCACUCCAGUCAUGGCUCACACCAGCGGACACACAGACACUCAUGAGCCUAGCUCCCACAACUCACUCCGUUUUCAGCAUCAAAACAUUAUCUUUUGGCAUGAUUUUAAAACAAUGCCUCAGUGUUAGUUAGUCAAACCAGACCAUUUUCUUUCUCUUUCCCAGUGUUUUACAAGUUAAAAUCUACCUAAAGGCAAACAUGAGCUAUAAGACCAUUUCUUAAAACAAGGGUUAGCUGUAACCAGCCCUGCCCCCUUUACAGUGGUCCUGAAAAAAGAAUUGUAUGUUUAGUGCAAGUCCUUUAUGAAUAAAAAGGUUUGGGACCACUGGGUUUAUAGAAGUUAAAUGUCAGUGCAAGUUCUUUAAAAAUGGCUCCCUGACUUGAUAGGGACAUAAGGGCUGUGUCAGUGGAGCCUGGGGGAAUUGAAAUGUCUUUGUAGCAUUUGUCAGUAUGGACACUUGUGUUUCAGAGUGCCAUAAAUAGGCCUGCGUGGGCAUUAAUCUUGUCAGUAUAUUGUUCGAAAGAGGUUGGCAAGGCAUGAAAGUCUUUUGUGAUGAUGUGUAACUAAUGUGUUUUUGAAAUGUGAAAUUUAAAAAUUUACCUUUUUUUAGGUGAUAACUCUGAGUUAUUAGUAUGUUGAGUGCCAAUAGAGGCUGGUUCAGUUUGCUGAACGUCUUCAUCCCAAUGAACCAUUUUUGCACACAUUUUAUAAACCUCAAAAACAAAAGCAACUGUAUAGUGUAUACAUAUUGUAUACUAGUGGCAAAGUUGCAAAAGAAGUGUAUUUCUAACAGCAGUUUAAGCUACAAAGGUUUCUUAGUGGUUUUUGUACACUGAUCCAAGAAGUCUUGUACAGAAUUUAAGAACUUUUUUUUAUUUAUUAUUUCAAAUCAAUGUUUUCUUUUCCAAACUGAUCUUAAGUCAACCUUUGUAUUGCAUUGGACUCUACUGGUGUGUUUUUGAGUAAUUUGCAUGUGGAUGUUUGCAAACCCAUUGUUUCAGCAUAAAAGACUGGCUUUGUACAAACUGUACAGAAAGGUACAAUGACACACUGUAAAGUAAAGAUGUAAUAUUGUA